AUGACGGAAACGACGCGAGGCUUUGAGAGAAUUUUGAGCGAAGUAUGGCGCGAUUGGGUGGAAUGGAAGCAUGCAUCUUGCGUUGGUCGAGGUCUUUCAGGACCUUUGGUAUUACAUAGUGUGUAUUAUGGACAACUGGAUCCACCGCGGUCCAGCUAUAGAACGAGCUCGAAACAAAUUGUCGUGCAACACCACCACUUCCCAAUUGAAAGCGUAGAUAAUGCGGCUACCCUUGGCGAAGGCGGUGUGCCGUCUCAACGUUAUCAUCAGCGCACGUCGAUGCGGGUCCUGACUCACUACACGUGGAACCAAGUGGUCGGUGACAAAUGGAGGUUCGCGCCUUUUCCCCCAAAGUACGAUUGGGCCAGUAAAGUGAUGUCCUGGCGAUCGCUCUCGAAGAAUACAUGUACUUGUGCACCCACCUGGCUGAAGCUACAGUAUCGCGGCAAUAGCGCUUGGCAGGCAUUGAGCGACUCUGAUCGAGCAGCUGUACGAACGCGGCGAUGGAUUUUGAUGACUCUCACCGUAAGUAAAGACAUAGUUUGCACCAUGACGUCAAUUCUGCUGUUACCGCCGGUGCUCGUGGAGCUGUCGCGUCGACUGCGCAAAUUUCGGCCCUACCAUUCAACACACGACGAACAGGUUUAUCCGACUUUUCCAGAUGUGGCUCAAAUUAUCUGGUCCACCUUGGGAUAUGACGUGGUCAGAUUCCGUCUUCUCGUGGCAGUGCAUACUCUCUUAACCUUUGGCCAAGAGGGCGAAACUGAUGAAAGUCAUGGUACCUCAGUGGCCAAGAACAUGGACAACAUGAGAUAUGAGUGCCGGCGGCGAGUGCCAUCUGUACUGAAUACGAAAAAUGGUGCCGACGCAGGGCCCCGAUACCUCUGCUCCUGAGCGCAAGUACUUCCGUCGGGGUUUGCCUCCAUCUACUGUUGAAUCGUCUUGCUGUGGAUGCCAUCACUAUACAGCAGCUGGAAUCUCGGCUGUGGAGGAUUUUGACGCUACUGGGUCGACAACUGCAGUCUCGGCCUUCAUUGAAGACCAACUGGUCUCGCGAUAUGCUCCGCGCUCAAAUGGCUUCAUUGGAACCAGCCCAUAUUUCUCAAACAUGACCUUGUCAGUAUCCCAGCCAACUGCCUCCGUGGUCAACAUCUUCUCUCCAGUGAACACAGCAUUGGCACCGGCGGAAAAGCACAGAAUCUGUUCGGCCUCACUCAUGGUUGUUCGUCCUGCAGCGAUACGGAUAAUUGUGGCCGGCAUGACAAGUCGAGCAGUAGCAAUGGUUCGCAGAAUGGCAUGAAAUGAUAUGCGUUCCUUGUUGCUGUCGCCAAGGGGUGUGCCUUUGAUCGGGACCAGAGCGUUGACCGGGAAUGACUCUGGGUGAGCUGGGAGAGUCGAGACGGUGUAGAUCAGGCCAACGUGAUCCUCCGGUUUCUCACCUAAACCCAAUAUACCGCCUGAGCACACAUUGAUGCCAGCGUU